AUGAGUAGGAAACUGGGUCUCAAAGAGUUUAUGCAUAAUCAAGAGGUGCUGAGGUUCUAUAGACAGGUGCUUCGAGACAUAAGAAAAGCACCGGUGGAUCAGCAGGCAGAGCUUCUGAGCUACGUGAAGCACGAGUUCCGAUCCUCUGCGCCAACCCUGGAUGCCAACAAGUAUCUGAUGUCAAAUGGGAAACAGCAGUACAGCAUCAUGAAGAGAGCGUUGGGUAUUUCAUGA